ACAUUUGCAUACAGAGUAAUGAUCAUGAAGUUAGUUGUAAUAUCACCAAGUUGUAUUCACCACCAAAUUUUCAACAAUCACAAGACCUUAAUGUUGGAUUUACAUACGUACAUAAGCAAACAGUUUGAUUUACGUAGCAAGUUGGUAAAAAAAUUGAAAUUCGUUGAUACCCACACUGCAUUCCAAGAUGAUUGUUGAGUUUUCGAUUGAUUAAUUUUCUUUUUGUUUUGUGGCAUUGUUAGUAUAGUCUACUGCUCAGUUUGAUAUGCAGAAUUUUCCAUAAGUGCAUUUUGUGAAAAUUUUUUGCUAAGCUGCAAAUAAAAAAUGCACUGAUUGAUCACCACUUUAUAAUGCAUUUUUCUUUUUAUUGGUGGCAUCUCAGAAGAAAGAAACAAGAUUUUGCAAACAGAACAAUUUAGUAGAGUAAUUUAAAUAUAUUUUAACUGUUACAAUCACAACCAGUCAAGCAAAAUGGAUGACGUGUUGAACGCAAGUUUUUCAAGUGAGGGUCGGAAUCAUGUCGACAAAAAAGGUUUUGUUUACAGCAAGCAUUUGAGUUCUAACAACCACCAUCAGAUCGUGCCAAUGAGGGAAAAAAAUACUUGGAAUCGUUUGGUAGAUAAAGACGGUCGUUGCACUGUUUCGCCAACAAGCAGGGCACACUGCUGGCGCUAUGUUGUGGAUUUUUUCACAACAUCGGUAGAUAUGCCAUGGCGCUACAAUAUUGCUAUGGUUGUUCUCGGUUUCUUUCUCAACUGGUUCGUUUUCGGUUGCAUUUACUAUGUGCUUGCUUUCAUCAGGGGUGAUUUUGACAAUCUUGAUAACGAGGACUGGAAACCUUGCUUCCGCAACUUUGAUAAUUGGAAAUCUGCUUUCAUGUUUAGUAUAGAAACCCAAACCACGAUUGGCUAUGGGUAUCGUUGUCCCACAGAAGAUUGUGGAGAGGUGAUGUUUUUUCUCAUGAUUCAAACAAUUUGGGCUAACUUUAUAGAGGCUUUUAUCAUUGCUAGCUUAAUUGCUAAAUUUUCUCGUCCAAAGAUGAGAGCAAGAACGAUUAUAUUCAGCAAAACAGCUUGCAUUACCAUGAAAGAUGGUAAAUUAAUUUUUCAAUUCCGAGUGGGUGAUCUUCAAAAAAGCCCAAUUGUUGAGGGACACCUCCGAUUACAAUUGGUAAAACACUAUGUAACAAAAGAGGGCUCUUACAUGCCUUUCCAGGUUUUUGAUAUGAACAUUGGCCAUGAUUUGGGCUUAGACCGCAUUUUUCUUGUGUGGCCAAUCCAAAUUGUUCAUGUAAUAAACAAGAAAAGUCCGCUAUAUGAAAUUAGUAAGGAAACACUGUUAGACUCAAAAUUUGAAAUCAUUGCGAUUCUUGAAGGUAUUGUUGAGGCCACAGGUACAACUACACAAGCAAGAACGUCAUAUUUGCCAAAUGAAAUUGAGUGGGGGUACGAUUUUAAAACAGUUGUAACUGAGAAAAAGGGAGUUUUGGAUGUUAACCUGAAUUAUUUCCACCACACCGCACUCACAGACACAACGCCAUUAAGCGCUAAGGAACUGCAAGAUAGUCUUGCUGUUGCAAGUCCAGGAGGAUCUGAUGGAGAUUUUGAUCGAUCUGGAAACCACUGUGAUCGGGAUAAUGAAGCAUCCGAGAACAGAUCAAAUACAAGGAAAUGUUGUCACAUGCGUAACCGAAGUGUGGAAAUCGAACCAACAUUAUGACAAACAACUGAAGACAUGGUGAGUAAAGGUGAAUACAUAGAACUGGAGAAACAAAGGAAUGGAUUUGUAUAUAUUUGGACAGUUUAAAAUCAUCUGGAAAAACUUUUCAACAUACAAUGACAUGAUUCAUAAGGAAUUUCUCGGGACUCAUCAUAUGCCAAUAAACAUUUGAAAUGCACUCUACUAAAGAACAACUUUGACUUUACUCUUCACGACGUGAUUCCAUGGAGAACAUGAGACAAGGUGCGCUACAAGUUGUUUUUAAAGAAAAUCCGCUCAGCUUUUGCCAUCAACAAUCAGCAGACGAUGUUGCGUUGCAAAGCGCUCAUAGAGAACAGAUGGAUGUAGUAAUGUAGUAUGUGCCCAACCUUCUGUAGGUAAUGCUCCAAUGUUAUUGAUGAAGGGAAAAUUAUCUUAUGGAAGUGAAUUAUCUUUAAAACAUUAAAUAUCUUACACAAUGACAACUAAAGUUUGAAUUGCAUUAUCACACAGAGAAGAUGUUUCUAUCAAAAUUGAAAAAAAUGAAGUGAAUGACAUUUGGCAGAUAAACUGCAUUAAUUUGCUUUCACCGUAAUCAUAGAUAAAAUCUCAAAUAAUAUACAUACAUUAUGGAUAGUUUGUGUAGGACAAUUUGCAUUUUAUUAAGCAACACUGUAAUAAUAGCAGUCAGAAGGGUUGGCAGAGUUCAACCUUUUACUUCACCAAUAUUUGUGGUCUCCAACCUUCCACCAUUGUCUUCAAAAUACGUAACAAUUAUAAAAAUUCACUUAAAAUUCUGGGAACUGGCUCAGCUGUUACACAAGGUAGUAAAAAUAGGUUUCAUUUAUUAUUAGCAUAGCAAUGAAAAAGGUUAUUACAUAUUUAAAUAUCACUGCUACCUUUCAGUAAGACACUUUUAUACCAAUAUUAUAUGCAAAUGUAAAGUUACAUAACAUAAUUUUAGUAUUUAUUUGAUUUUUACGUUACUUUUAUUCUUUUAAACUAGUUUGUAAAUAUAUUGAUGAGGGUUUUGAAUAGACUGGAUCAUGGAGGUAUGUCUGGAUUUAAAAUAGAUUUCUUUAAGUCAAAUUGUGGCAUCAUCAUUUAUCUAAUUUUUCUAUAUCUGAAUGCCUGCAGUUCCUUGACCUUUUUCUGGCUGACGUGCAAAAAAAAAAGCUCAAACAGACCAGUUUACUGUGGCACCAAGAGGAAUAUUUUUUCGCUAGGUCAAGUCGAACGCAACAAGCUUAAUUUUCCUAUAUAGCUUUGGCGAACCCUAAUAAAGCCUGGACCUAUGAUAGGCCUAAAAUGUCGUAGGCUAGUCAUCAGGAUAUAAAAAAAAAUCUUUUUUUGCUGUCAAACAGAACUAAGCUCCUUUUUCCCAAAUUAAUUUCUUAGUUUAUGUCCAAAAUUGCUUUUUAUGCUAAGUUAAGAUAACAUUUUUGUCCCAGAAUGUCGAUUUUUUUUUCAUAAUAACACUGUAGCAAUUAUAUUUAAUUUUAAUUCUACUAUGAUGUUUACGUCGAUUCUCAAUUGCUACUUCCCUAUAGUACUCACAAAAUAUCAGGAUUUUGACUUUGCUCCCUAAAAAAUCUAAACUUAGUUCCUUUUAUUUAGUCAUUUAUUCCAAAUUAUAAAUAAACUGUACGUGCCAUGUUCCAUUUAUAUAGAGUAUAAUGCCAGAGCUUCUAUGCAAAAAAAUAUUUUGACUAAAUUAUAUAGUGUUGCAUGAAUUUAUGCUGAGAAUUAAUCUGUACAGCUGUAAUAACCUUAUCUGCAUUCAAUUAUCAUUAUUUCCAUGAUUUAUAGACAAUUUUAUAUAGUAUAACAUUAUUUAUAAAUAUAUUUGUCCUGUAUAUAUGUAUUACUUACAUUUAAAUAAAAUUUACCAUAUAUUUAUUUCUCUGAGAUUUACAAGAUGAGUAGACAAUGAAAUAUCCUAAACUUAGUGUAUAUAUUUUGUAGAUACCUAGCAAUCUGAUUUACUUGAAUGUGCUGUACAUAAAUAUUAAUUAAUUAUAAUUAAUGUUAUUUAGGAUAUGAACAUGUAAUAUGUACAGCGUUCUUGUGUAAUAUUUUCAUUAACUACAAUUGUUCAGAUAUAUAUGUUGAAAUUUGGAAAACCAUCACAAAUUCAAAUAGAACAUUAAGUUCUGUCCACACUAUUAAAUAUAAGCACAUCAUCACUAUAUACAGGCACACCAUGACCAUAUAUAGGCACAUCAUGACCAUAUAUAGGCACAUCAUCACUAUAUAUAGGCAUACCAUGAC